UGAAAUCCCAACUCGCCAGCCAAAGCCGAAGGCAAAGCAGCUCGCAUUCCUCUGCCAGGCUCGUGUGCUUUCAUUCACCUCUAGCUCUAUAGUUUUAUGUUUCUGCUCCGCAGAUCUGCUGGUUUUGCUUCACACGAAAAGUAAACAACGCAUAUUAUCGUGACAGAGCCGGUGAAUCGUGACUGAUUUCCCUUUCGCUGAGCAGCUGAACACUUGUAGCUGGUUGGUGCAAUUGUUGUUUGUCAGCGUAGUAAUAGCAGUUCAGUCCUUGUACUCAACCCGUAGUAGCAGACAGACUACGGGUUCCGAUAGACAAUAGGAAAAGUCAGUAGAACUCAAUACACCUAGCGGAGUUAUUCUGAAAAUGGCUCCGAAAAAGAGAAAGGCAUCUCAAGCUGCUGCCGAGCCAGAAGCACCCGCACCCAAGCGAGGGAAGGCCGCUGCAGCAGCACCCAGCACAAAGAAGGCCACCGUCAAGACCACUCCAAGGGGCAAACCGAAGGGUAAAGCGGCCGCUGCGUCCGACAGCAAACCCGCAGCUUCAAGCAGCAGCUCAGCAGCCAGCACCAUAGCACCAAUCUCAAUCCCUGGCGCUUCUGAUGAGGUCAUAUCUCUUGUCAAAGAGAAGUGUCGGUUACCAGACAAGUCCGGCGUUGCGCUGUUCUCUGGUGCAACUUGCUGGGAUGAAGUCGGCCGUUCCAAGGACUCUAAUGUCGUCUCUCCGUACUGCCUAUUGUCUGCACACCGCGUGGACGCGCUGAAGGACCUUCGCUUCCGGCACAUUGCGUCGGGCACCGCUGCUUGCCACACCAUUCUGGUAACGGAGGACGGCACACCGUAUGUGUGGGGACGUAACGAUCGUGGACAGUGUGGAGCGGCCGCCUCUUCGUGCUGGUCUGUUCCGCGUCUGCUGCCCGGAUUUCAGAAGAUCAAGGUUCGCCAGGCGGCAUGCGGUCGCGGGCACACUCUCGUUUUGACGGAAUCUGGCCUUGUUUUUGCGUUUGGCGAUAACAAGGCUGGACAGCUGGGCCUUGGCCAUCAGAAUAUAGUCACCAAGCCAUCACAUGUGUCCACCGAGUCUGAGUUCCCCAUGGUCAAGGUGGCGUGUGGCGUGGAGCACAGUGCCAUGAUUGACAGUAGUGGCUCUCUGUUCACAUUCGGUUGUCCAGAGUACGGACAGCUGGGCAACAAUACGGACGGAAAGUAUUUCAUCACGGCAAGCAAGAUGUCCUUCCACUACGUCACACGGCCGGCUCGCGUCCCCGUCUUUGUGGAGAAGGACCCGAAGGAGGGCACGAAGAUCAUCGACUCUGUGUGCAUCGUAGACGUGGCAUGCGGCAAUAAUCACACAGUUGUCGUCAACGACAAGAAGAAGGUAUUCACGUUUGGCUUUGGCGGUUAUGGUCGUCUGGGACAUGCCGGCACGGCCAAUGAACUCGUGCCGCGUUUGCUGCCGCAAUUCGGUUGGCGUGCCGGUCUCGGCGUGGAGCAGAUAGCGUGUGGCUCUACGUUUUCCAUGGCAAUCAGUGAGAACGGCCAGAUCUACUUCUGGGGACAGCAGAAGAUGACCGGCGAGGCAACCAUGUACCCGCUGGCUAUGCCCGACUUCUACGGCUGGAAAGCACGCUCUCUGGGUUGCUGCUACAAGAGUGUUAUUGCCGUGGCUGAUGAGAGUGUGAUCGCGUGGGGAUCGUCACCGACGUUUGGUGAACUGGGUUUCGGACCCGCUGGCAACAAGACAUCUGCCAAGCCGAAGAUUGUGGAUCCUCUGGACAAGAUCUACGUCCACACAGCCACUGGCGGCUAUGGUCAUGUGAUCUACUUAGCACGUGAUGACACUGAUACAGAUAAGGAAGAGAUCGCCAAGCUGCCAGAGUUUGAGUGCCCAGAGUAACUGCGGAGGUUUUGAACCAUCUCUUGACUGUGUGUACCCUAGUAAGCCCAGCAGCGUAGGCUGUGAGGCGUUAGUGAAUGAGUAUGUUGUGCCUGUGGACUUCCAGUGGGCUCUGUGUGUCGGCUUCCAACUCUCAGGACAUCUGCUACAGCGUGUGUGUGUGUGUGUGUGUGUGUGUGUGUGUACAAUGACUUAUGACUCCGCACGGAUCACCGUGGAUGGCUUAGAACGGAACACAUUGGACAGCUUGCAUGAUAUGCACAGCAGUGAUAGCAACGCGCCCGGCCGUGUAUUGCAAUGUACUUGUGUGCUGCACUGUGCAAUGUGCGUGUGCAUAAGUAUGAUUUUAUUCGCUUUCCUAGUGUGCAUCUUAGUUGUGCUAUAUCUCAGUUUGACACUGUUUGAGCGCGUGUGCUCUUCAUUUUUUUGGCCAGACUUCUGCAUUCUCGCUGCCCCCUUUUCACGUCAGGCUGCCGUAAUGCGGUGAUACUCCGUACAGUCCGCCUGGUCACAAAACACGAACUAUCAUACAGCACCGAUAGCGCAGUGGCACUGUGUAGCUCUUUACUUACUAACUGAACAGCAUCAGUUUUAUCUUCUCUUUUCCCACGCACUGCUCGUGUUUCCGCAGGCACCCGUUUUUAGUCACGUUUUCUCUCUUUGUUUUAUUUUAUUUUAUCUCGACCAUUGUUGGCGUUCAAUGCAGUUGCUAAUAUUAUGUAAUGUUAAGAUUGGCUGGUGACUGGUGACACUCAACAACAUAAGACUUUCGGCACAUCGG